AUGUUGAAUCAAUUAUAUCUUAGAAGACAGAUAUUCAAUCAUGUUAGUUCUAUUCAUAAACAAUUAGAGAUUGAAACUGUUAAAGUAUCAUCACUUUAUACUUUGGUUGAUUAUAUUCAAUAUGGUUCGAAUGACCUAUUCUUUAAACAUAUAGAUCAGCUUUGGAGAAUGAUGUUUACUGAUGGUAGAUAUAGAAAUGAUCAUAGUCAUAGAUUAACAAGAAUAUUAUCAGCAGCUAUUUGCUUUAAUAAUUAUAGAGUAUUGGAAUACCUAUUGAAUAGAAUCAAGAGAGAGAUAUCACCUUUUCAAAUGACCAUCAGAAUCGAUUUUAUCGAUUCAUGUCAUGGAGAAGAUAGCGCAGAAGAUAUCUAUUGUCAUGGAGAAACCAAUAUCUAUUGUCUAAAUCCAAAGGUUUUCAAUCUAUUGAUAGAUGAUAGUAUAUUUAUUGAAUCAAAUAGAUUAUUGAAUAGAAUGGUAAAGACUGCUAUCUUAGUUUUUGGAGAUGUGGAUAUCAUUAGAGAGUUGUUUGGUCGAUAUAAUCUCUCAAAUCUCAUUGAUUUAUUUAGACAGUACGAGCCAAUAGAUUGUGGUUUACCAACAAUGAUUAAAGAUUUAUUCAACAAAAAGACGGAUACAGAGUUGAUCCAACUGUACAAUGUCGUCACAAAACUCAACAAAAUGAUCGAUAAAGAGACACAAGGAAAUAUUAGAAUGUAUGCAUUGGUUUAUAACCGUCUCAAUCUCAUCAAACAUGCCUCUCAAGGAAAGAAAAAAUGGAAACCAAAGAUCUCUCCAUUUCUCUUCUCGCCAUAUGCAAGCAAAAAUAUACAAGAAAACGAGAGAAAGAAAGAAAUCAUAAAAAUCGACUACUGGGAUGAUUAUUCUUAUUAUUAUGAUGACCAAGGAUUAAUGGACAAGAUCAACAAUGGGGCAGACAUUGAGUAUGUUCGAUACAUUUUCUCACCACAGACAACUGAUAUGAAUGAUUCCCAAAAUAUAAAUUUGAAAAUGCAAGAACAAGAUUACUUUGCAAAGGCUCUUGCAUCUGGAUCUGAACAAGUAGUCUCAUUUGUAUUAGAUGCAGCCAUGACUGCCAAUAUAAAUCUUUACAAACGUGUUUACAAAGCAGUCUCAGCCCUCAACACUAUCCUAGCCAGUGAACUUGUCAGAAUCCUUUUAUUGGUUGUCAAUGCAGGUCACUAUCAUUUUGCAAUGAAAUACCUAGACACAAUGCCUCAAAUGGUGCCUUCAUACCAGAAAUCCUCGAUUGAAAUUCUAUUUAACUUGUAUUUUGAUUUGGUCAAAAAGGAUAGACAAUCAAAACAAGAAGAUAUUGACCAAUUCCAAGACUAUCAACAACUUGCCAACAAAAUUUUAGAUCUAGUACCAACCAAAAAAAGAUUUGAAAUCAUCUAUUAUGCAAAAGAAUUGACCGAUGAAGAAUUCAAUAUUCUUUGGGUUAGGUUCUCUAUUGAGUCAAAUGUUGAAUUUUGGUUGGACGACCCAUCCAAAGAUCACAAUAACUUUAUGUAUGAUAAAAAUUUCUUUAAUCAUCUUCAAAGAUUGUAUAGACUCUAUCAACAAGAUCAACUAGAUGAAUAUCAAUACAUCAAAUAUCCAAUGAAUCCACCUCCAUUUGACAUUGAAUAUAUUGGAAUUUGGAAUCAAUGUUGA